AUGGAUUAUACCUCCUAUGAAAACAUUACAAUUCGCGAUGGUCCAUCUGCAGACACGUGCAUUCCAUUCCCCAGAAACAACAGAACAAUAAUCACAGAUGUUUACGCAGGAAUACCUGAGAACUUGUUACUAAAUUUAAUAGGAUUCUUGCUAUUAGUUAUUUUAUUUGGUCUACUGCGUAAAAAAGCAUGGAACUAUGGACGUCUUGCACUGUUACACAAAUCCGAUAACAGAUGGAUGGAGCUAUUCUAUGGUGUUAAUGAAAACAGAGACACUGAUCCCUUAUGCAUAGAAGCUUCUGUCACUUCCCAUCUCUCUCAAUUAGAUAGAGGAUUUCUCUCAUGGAUUGUUACUGCUUUUAAAAUAACCGACGAAGAAUUAUUACAACGUGCAGGACCUGAUGGAUUGUUAUACAUUAUGUUUGAGCGUUGCUUAAUCAUAUUGACCAUUAUGAUGCUCGUUGUAUCACUGUGCAUAGCUCUACCAAUAAAUUUUCAUGGAACCAUGCAACCAGGAGACAGUGCGACAUUUAGUCAUACCACAUUGUCAAACUUGGAUCCCUCGUCCCCUGGGCUUUGGGUAUACACAGUACUGCUCUUAUCUUAUCUGCCAGUCGGUGGAUUUGUUAUGAGACGUCGUUUGAAACAGGUGCGAGAUACUAGGCCUACUGGAGAAUUUGUAGCAAGAACAUUAUUAAUUACGGAUAUACCAAAACAACAAUGUACUGUUGAAAAUCUUACUGAAUAUUUCAAAGAAGCAUUUCCCGCUUUAACAGUGGAGGAUAUUACAUUAGCUCACGAUAUUAGGCAUCUCUCGAAAUUAGACGAAGAAAGAGAUUGUGCGGAACAAGCGCGUUUAUAUUGUGAAAGUUAUGCCAAAAAGAGAGAACCUUUGAAAAUGUAUCCCUAUCCGUGUGGUCAAGUUAUCGGGCAUUGUUGCAACAAGCAAGUGGAUGCUCAAGAAUUUUAUACCAAUGAAGAAAUACGAUUAACGGCAUUAGUUGAAGAAGAAAGAAAUGUAGUACUUAGUAAACCUCUUGGAGUUGCUUUUGUAACUUUAGGAACACCCGGUGCAGCUAAAACUAUGCGCAAACAACUGAGGUCCUCACCAAAUAUAAAGUGGAUUGUGGAUUAUGCACCAAUGCCAUCAGAUAUAUUUUGGGAAAAUUUAAGCAUCCCCAGACCAUGUUGGUAUCUAAAUGCUGUAUUAAUAAAUUGCGCUUUGGGACUCAUAUUGUUUUUCCUUAGUACACCAGCUGUCAUAGUGACAACUGUCAACAAAUUACCAAUUACUGGUGAGAUUAAGAAUCUCAGUCCAGUAGUUUCAUCUUUCCUGCCUACUGUCUUGUUAGUCAGUGUGGCUGCUCUAAUGCCUGCAUUAGUUGCGAGAAGCGAAUCGCUUGUGAGACAUUGGACAAGAAGCAGUUUAAAUCGCGUUGUUAUGAGAAAGACGUUGCUUCUGUUGCUACUAAUGGUGCUUAUAUUACCUAGUUUAGGAUUAACCAGUGCCGCAGCAUUCUUAGAUUGGACUGUGAAUGAGCGAAACAAUACGGCACAAUGGGAAUGCGUAUUUUUGCCAGAUCAGGGCGCCCUUUUUGUAAAUUACGUCAUAACUGCAGCCUUACUCGGGAGCGGAUUAGAAUUGGUCAGAUUCCCAGAACUCGCGCUGUAUACUUUCAGACUCUGUAUAGCUCGCAGUCGAGCGGAAAGGAUACACGUUAGGAAAGCGGUACUGUGGGAAUUUCCACUGGGAGCUCAUUACGGGUGGUUGCUGUUAGUUUUUACUAUGACGACUGUCUACAGUCUGGCGUGUCCUUUGAUCACCCCUUUCGGUCUACUAUAUCUUGUAAUCAAGCAUCUAGUGGACAGACAUAAUUUAUGUUUCGCUUAUGGACCGAGUAUCGGUGGUGGUCAAUUAGCUGGAGCGGCAGUUGGCGCUGCAGGAGCUGCGCCGGUUUUAGCACAAGCUGCCCUUUUAGCCUUAGGCCUAGUAAGAGUUGGUCUGUCUCCAUUAGCUGCGGUGCAACUCACUGGUCUUUGUGCGAGUAUCUUAGGCUUGGUAACGGGCGCUACGUUGCCACUAUCGAAAUCUAAGACUCCGGUUCCGAAAAGGGAUAUUUCGACGGGUCAAAAUUUCGUGGCACCAGUAUUGCGAAAGAAUCAGAUAUCUACAGAGGAAACUAUUUCAACUGCUUCGAAUUCAGAAAUGAAUUUACCAAGUCCGACAAGCACUACUUCCUCUAUACAAGAAAGUCCAAAGCUUUACCAAAACUAUGGCAGCGAACAGAAAGUUUAAUAUCUGUAUUUGUAUACUCGAUAUAUAUGCAAGAAUGCAGAAUGCUUCGUAACUUGUUUAAGAAGUUACCUGUUUAGAAAUGUAUUCUAAUUAUUAAUAUUAACGAGCUGAUGCAAUUUAGGAAAACUGCAGCACAAAUAAUGUACAUUCUUAAAACAUUUCUUAAUCACAUUAAGUUGUAGCGUAGUUACAAGUGAAAGGAAAAAUUGCAAAAUACUGCUUUAACUCUAUCUUACAGAGCAUUUACAUUUAUAAUUGUAUUUAUAAAUUCAUUACCACAUAAUACUUAAUAAUUUGUGAUAAAUAUGAAAACGAUUACAUUUAAUAUAUAAUUUAAUAUAAUUUUCAUUCACUUACAAUAGUUGGAUAUUAAGAAUUACAUUAAGUCUUAGAAUAGAUUUAUGCACUAAGUAAUUGAUAUUUAAAGAAUCUCAUUUAUAAAAAAAAGUGAACAGGUAGAUCUAUCUUAUCAUUUCAAAUCUGGCAGUACAAAGCAUAAAAUGUCUUAAGUAUACUUAAUACAUUUUAAUAUUAUAACUUUGUAUUAUAUUAACGAAUAAAUAUAACAGUGUUAUGUAAUUACUUUAAAAAAGUAAGUUUACAACUAUACCUUUUACAUGGAGAUUAGUAAAGUGCAAUAAUUUUGAUUUUCUUAUAAAUAAUAAUGUGAUUAUUCUUAUAUAACAAUCCAGAAUAAUCUUUAUAAUAUGUACAUAUCAACCUUAUAUUUAUCAUCAAAUUGAUAGCAAUAAUUAUAUAUACAGUUUUUAAUGAUUGGGUAGAUCCACUAUUUUUAACAAUAAUGCAAUGAUUGAGACACAGAAAAUAUAGUUAAGCAGGAUAUUUUAUUUCCAUUCUGAGAAUUAUAUGAGAGAAUGCACCUUAUAAUAUUUUAUGUACCUUUUAUCCUGUUUAUAGAUAUAUAUAUAAGGGAGUGAUAAUAUAAUAUGAUUAUAUAUGUAUACACGUAAUAAAUUUUUCGGCACAUAUAAUAUAUAAAAUAUUAGGAAUAUUUCAACAUCAACUAUUUGGCCCAAUUAAUAUGCACUCUUUCUGUCUUUUCAAGAAUUUUCUAAUUUUUUCAAGAUAAAUAGCUAGAGAGACAUAUAUGUAUACAAAUUCUAAAAACAAUUAUAAAUAAUAAAUUUUCAUUUGUGAUUUCAUUAUUA